UCCUUCGGAAUCGUUCUACACCAGGAAGGGCUAUCGCUUCAUGGGGCCAGUACUAGGCGCAGUCCCAAUCCCAAGGGUCAUUUCUUUCGCUUGUGGACACCCGGGUUCCAGCUGGGAGCGCUGAUCCCUUCUAUGACGACCUCUCUCCUGGUCUUCACCACCCCUGGAGCUAGUCACAAACACGCUGUCCCCGUGGAGGGAGUCUAGGAGGAGAAGAUGAACAGUUCCCUGGAUUACCUAGCCUACCCUGUCAUCGUCUCAAACCAUCGACAGACCACAGCCUUCAGAAAGAAGUUGGACUUUGGCCACUACAUAUUUCACAAAAAUAGGAUACAGAUAGUGAAGCCCACCGUAGAUACCAAGCCUCCGGCAGCACACACAAACCACAUUCUGAAACUGAGCAAGAUGCAGUGUGAGCAAAAGAAAAUCGACAAAAUUGAAUAUGAAAACAAGCAACUGUGUCAGAAAAUCGCCAAUGCUCAUCGCGGGCCUGCGCAGGUGGAUUGUUGGAAUGAGUAUUUUUCCAAAAGCUUAAACAGAGAAACAAGGAACCGGGAGUUAGUGAGAAUCACUAUGGAAAACCAGGGUAUUCUGAAGAGGCUUGGUGAUCGAAAACCCCACUACGACCGAAAGUCUGCUGAGCUAGAUUGGCAGAACUCAAGACGCUACAUCCGAAAUACAACAACGUAUCUUCUCGCCCAAGAUGAAUAGAUUACUCACCGUGGGAAAAGUUUCCAAGAGAAGUAAUAGACUUUCUUAACUGCUUAGAAUUUCAAGAUAUUCCUGGGUGGUUUUGAUGUUCAUUCUUAGGAUACAACAAUAAAUCUUGC